AUGAUAACCAAACUAGCCCCCCCCUACAGCUUCCUCGACGACUACAGCGAAGGAGCCCACCCUAGGCUUCUGGACGCUCUCGUCCGCACCAACACAACACAGCAAACAGGCUACGGCACGGACGAAUACAGCCAAGAAGCAAGGCAGCUCCUCCUCGCACAGCUCAACGCCACCGACGACGAAGUGGCCAUUCACUUCGUGCCGAGCGGGACGGCAGCGAACCUGAUUUCCAUCGCGAGCUGCCUGCGGCCGUACGAGGCCGUGCUCGCCGUGCAAACGGGCCAUAUCGUCGACAAGGAGGCCGGGGCGAUCGAAGCCACGGGCCACAAGAUCAUCGCGGUCCCCGGGGAGCGCGGGAAAAUGACCCCCGCGAAUCUGGAGACCGUGCUGCAGAGGAACCAGUUCUUCCCGCACAUGGCGAAGCCGCGGCUCGUGUAUAUUUCCAACGCCACGGAGUUCGGCACGGUGUACUCCCGGCAGGAGCUGCGGGAGUUGUCGCGCACGUGUCGGCGCCGCGGUCUGUUACUGUUGCUGGAUGGGGCGCGGCUGGGGGUCGCGUUGUGUGCUGCUGCUGCUGCUGCUGCGGGCAAUGAGCUGACGUUUCGCGAUUUGGUCGAUGCCACGGAUAUCUUCUGGAUUGGGGGCACUAAGAUGGGGGCGUUGCUGGGGGAGGCGGUUGUCGUGCGGCGGACGGGGCCCUGGGCGGACGGGUUCGAGUUCCAUGUCAAGCAGCGCGGGAGCUUACUGGGGAAGUCGCGGGUGUUGGGGGUGCAGUUUGCAGAGCUGUUCCGGGAUGGCUUGUGGUUUGAGUUGGCCCGGCAUGCGAAUGCUAUGGCUAGCAGAAUUGCGGCGCAGGUUGGGCGGAUGGGAUGGGAGUUGGUGGCGGCAACGGAGACGAACCAGGUGUUUGUGGCGGUGCCGGAUGAGAUGCUGGGGAUGUUGGAGGAAAGGAUCCGAUUCUACGAGUGGGAGAAACGGGUGGGAGAGGGGACUACAGUGAUUCGGAUUGUGACGUCGUGGGCCACUGAUGAGAUGGAGGUUGAGCGGUUCCAGUCGAAAGUCAAGUGUGUUCACGAGGGAAACCCUCCCUGUCGACGCUGCCAUCGUCUAAACCGCAGACCCUGCGUUCUUACCGAUCCCCGUUCUCCAUCAACUAUCACCACCACCCGCUCCCCUCGCACUCCUCGACCAGGAAGAAGGAAUGCGAACAGAUCGAGUCGAGCACAGACUCCUCCUACCUCUACCAAUACCUCUUUAGAAGCUCCCUCCCCCAUCGCUGGUCUCGCUUCUGCCACCCUCAUCAAGGCGUGUGACCUCUACCGCAGGAAAUUCCCCGUCACCAACUUCCUGCACUACCCCUCGCUGAUUGCGGACCUUUCUCACGAUGUCACGGCCGUGGAACCUAUAUUUCUCGCGGCAAUUCUGUCACUAUGUGCCCGUUUUAUGACCGAUGAUGCUCUCGGUUCCUCCGAGACCUACGCCGAGUAUGCACGCACCCAGCUUGCCCAUCGUGCCUUUGAGUCUCCUUCGCUCGCGCUGGCCCAAUCCCUUGUCAUGAUCUCACUGUAUGAAUGGGGAUCUGGCCGUCCAUACCGAGCGUGGAUGUACAGCGGAAUGGCAACCUACAUGAUCCAAUCCCUUCUCAAAACCGCUGAUGACCACAUGGAACACUCCCCCGAUGACUUCCACGCCCACUCGCACCAGAUCACCUAUGAACAACUUGUCCGCACAUACUGGUGUUGUUUUGCGCAGGACUGCGAACUCAGCUCCGGGGCUCGGCAGCACUUUGCUCUUUCGUUCCGGCAGAUUUCAGUGCCAUUGCCGAUCAGCGAUUCCGACUUUACUUUUGGAAAAUCAACCCCCCGGCUCAGACCGGCGGAUAUGAACUGUGCUUCUUUACAUGCAAUGGGAAUCCGAUUGGGCAUUGAUCAAGGAUUGACGCUUGUAACCCGGGGCUUUGAUAUCUUUGUGCGGAUUUUGCGAUUCGCGAACGAAAGCCGCAGAGACCGCGCGAGGGGGUCUUGUUCCUCUUCUAUGAGGAUCUGGAAUACCCUAAAAGAAGAGCUCGACGAGUGGAGGUCGCUGCAGGAUAUCACCGUUCGGUAUCCGGAGACCAGUGCGCCUGUCCAUGUAGCUUUGGGGUAUGGGGAGCUGUUUGCUUAUAUCAAUCUGGUUUACUUUAUGAGUAUUCUAUUCCUCUACCGUGAUUGUCUUCUUUCAAACCCGAGGGCCAGUGACCUCCCGGAGAUGGAAGGUGACGACACCGCUGAGGCAAUCGGCCAUCUUUUCGUAGUAGCACAACAUAUUGGGGCGAUCCUAUCUUCUCUGGAAAGCUGCGCUACACCCGUGAUCACCCCGUACGCCGGGUUCAGUGUCUUUGUCGCCGCGCACAUCAACAUGUACGGGACUGUCUGUCCGGGUCGGUAUCCGGGUGGUCUGGCGCGCGCAGAGCACGAAAAGAAGAUGAAUUUCGAGUACCUGGAAGGAUUAUGCCGAUUCUGGGACGUCGGGAAGAGCUGGUGGCGAACCCUCCAAGACGCCAACCGAUUCUACGAAACCGCCAGACCAACCCAGCAAGGGUCGGUCUCUGAUCGUCCGGGUCAUCUUACUCUGGCGGGAACAUUGGAUGAGUACGGCGAUAUCCGCGUUUCCAGACCGGAUUUACCUGCCGCGCAACGGCGAACAAUCGCCGCCCCCGCCGCGUCCACGACGACCCCAACGAUGCGUGGAAGAAGCACCAGUGCAGCCAGAAGAAGGUCGAUCCUGGAACUCUCUGAGCACGGAGAGUUUCAUGACCUCGAAACCGAAAUGUUGCAGUGGCCGUUUAUCGAUGAGACUUGGGCGGUGGGGUUUGAUACAGGGUGGGUAUGA